AUGAAAAAAAAUCGUAAAUUAGUUGAACAUGCAAAAAAUCUUUCUUCAUCUGAUCUUUAUAAUUUUAUUCUUCAUUCAAAUAAAUCUAUACAAAAUAAUUAUCAAAUUAAAAUAUAUUAUGCUACAGAAUUAUCAAAUGAAUAUCAAAAACAAAUUAUAGAAUUAUUUGAAAUGAAUAUGAAAACAUUUUAUGAACAAUCAAAUGAUGGUUAUAAUAUUGAUGAAAAACAAAAAGAAUUAUUUUCUAAUCAAUCACGAUAUUUACUUAUUUUAUUUUCAAAUCAUUUAUUAGCAUUUGCACAUUUUCGUUUUGAUAUUGAUUAUGGUAAUCGUGUUUUAUAUUUAUAUGAAUUACAAGUAAAUAAAAAUUAUCAAGGACAAGGUCUUGGUCUAUGGAUAGUAGAACAAAUGAAAAUAUUUUGUCAAAGAACACAAAUGUUAAAAAUUGUAUUAACUGUUCAUAAAAUUAAUAAGAAAGCAAUUGAUUUUUAUAUAAAAAAAUGUCAAUUUGAAAUUGAUAUUACUGAUCCGAGUGAUGAACCUGUUGAUUAUGUUAUUCUUUCUUUUACUGUAUAA